AUGGGACAGAGGAAGAAUUCAAAACCUAUGAAUUAUGACCGAACAUUUGAUUCAGAUGAAAAAGAUUUAUUGACACUUAAAGGUUAUGUGAAAGCUUUUGAUUUAUGUGAGAAUGAUUCCGAUGUAUUUGCUCGUCUAGCAAAAGAAAUGGAUGAGAUCGAUGUUGAUGUUUGGAAGAAUCAAUUAAAAUCGAAAAAAAUGUUUGAAUCAGCAAAAUACCUUUUUUCCUAUUGGAAAAAUAAUAUUGAGAGUAAACAAGAUGAAAUAAAUAACUUAAGAAAAUUUAUUGAAAUAUUUUCACUUCUUGAAAAUGUUUUUCGAAAUGUUCUACUUCGACCAUAUAUACCUACUUAUCGUGUCAUCAAUAUGAAUUGUGGUCGAUAUUGUUCAUUUGUGACAGAAUCUGAUAAACUUCUGUUUCAUAAAUUAAAUUUUCAUGAAAAUUCCUCAAAUCUAUUAGUUUACCAUGGAAAUGAUUCAAUACAAACAAUUAUUUAUGCUAUAACAUGUGCCAUCUUCUGGCAUACACUAUCAAUGAAAUUAAAAUAUAAAUAA